CUCUUCAGAAACAGGGAGGAAUUUUUUAAUUGCUGCUUCCAUGUUCCCUGUCUCUUGCCUCACAUGUUAGCUGACAGCCUUAUAGGUAGCCAUUGACGAUCUCUUUCUCUCUCUCUCUCUCUCUCUCUCUCUCUGCAAGUCCUUCUGCACCACCAUCUCCAGCAGCCGCUGCAGAAGUAGAAUAGAUCUUUUCUUCUAUAUGACUAACCACCAAACCAACCGACCCACCAAGAGUAUAGAGACCAUCCACCGGAAAGAGGAAGAAAAGGAGGACAAGGAAUUAGAGGAAAGGGAAGACUUGAUAAAAGGGACUUCCCUUUCAGCUACCAACCUCCCUGCCCCGAGCCUUCUUCCCCACUCUACCUUGCGUUUCACCUGAAUGAUCCCCCCCAACCGGAAGAAGGAGAGUCAGGAAGACGGAAACCGACAUGGUGAUAAAUAACACCGAGGUGGAGAAGCAGCAGAAGAAGAGGAGGCGAGAGUGGUGGCUCUUCCCCUUCCACGUCUUGGGCACCGUUAGAACGAUGAAGACCAGCGGCGCUGCCUCUAGUGCAACGGGCCACAGGCACGCCUCGCGCGCCGAUAAGGGACGCCAUGUGUACAAAUACAUAAGAGGCAUCCUCUGGUUCUUCUUCUUGCUUUAUCUCUUGACUUGUGGGCCGGACCUCCUCUGGCUGCUGGCUUCCUCUUCCUUCGCCGGCGGGGAGGUCGCCGCCGUCGAGCCCCACGCCGCUCGUCAAAGCCUCCAUAGCACGAUGUCGCUUCCCACCCUCUUCUCUCGAGCUCUGGUCGAAGCUAGCGACGACACCGUUGUGCAACAACCUAUAAAGCUCCUUUCUGCAAGUGGUUUGAUGGAAGACUUGAAAGUGUUCGUUUACGAGCUUCCGUCGAGGUUCAACAGCGACUGGCUGUCGAACGAGCGGUGCAGCAACCACCUCUUCGCGGCGGAGGUCGCCAUCCACAGGGCGUUGCUCAAGAGCUCCCACAGGACGCUCAAGCCCGAGGAGGCUCACUUCUUCUUCGUCCCCAUCUACGCCACCUGCAACUUCAGCACGGUCAACGGGUUCCCGGCCAUCGGCCACGCUCGUCCGCUCUUCGCCACCGCCGUCGCCCACAUCGCCUCAGCUUACCCGUUCUGGAACAGGAGCAACGGCGCCGAUCACGUCUUCGUCGCCACUCACGACCAUGGUGCAUGCUUCCACACGAUGGAGGACGUGGCGAGGAAGGACGGCAUCCCGGAGUUCUUGAAGCGGUCCAUCAUCGUCCAGACGUUCGGCGUGAAGGGCCAGCACCCGUGCCAAGACGCCGCCGCGCUCACCGUCCAAAUCCCGCCGUAUGUGCCGCCGGAGGCGAUCGGAAAGGCGCUGGCCGAACGGAAGAGGAAACGGGACAUAUGGGUUUUCUUCAGGGGCAAAAUGGAGAUUCAUCCCAAGAACAUCAGCGGUCGGUUCUACAGCAGGGGAGUGAGGACGGAAAUAUGGCGGAGGUACAGUGGCCGGAGACGGUUCUUCGUGAAGAGGGAGCGGGCGGAGGGCUACCUGUCCGAGAUAGCGAGGUCGGUGUUCUGCUUGUGCCCGCUCGGGUGGGCGCCGUGGAGCCCUAGGAUCGUCGAGUCCGUGGCGCUCGGCUGCGUCCCCGUCAUCAUCGCCGACGACAUCCGGCUGCCGUUCCCCGACGCCGUCCCCUGGCCGGAAAUCAGCCUGACGGUCGCCGAGCGCGACGUCGGCCGGCUCGGCCGCAUCCUCUCCCACGUCGCCGCCACGAACCUCUCCGCCAUCCAGCGCAACCUCUGGCGCGACUCCAACCGCCGGUCGCUGCUCUUCAACGUCCCGCUCCGCCACGGCGACGCCACGUGGCAGGUCCUCCGGGCCCUCGCGGGCCACCGCCGCCGCACCCCCGUCUCGUCGUCGUGAGAAUUUUCCGGCCAAUCGCCCCGAGACACGUCGGAUAGCCGGAGACGAGUACGGAAUCUGAGGAGCGGGGGGGGGUUCGAAAGUGGCGGACAGCUGGCGAGGAGAAGAGGGAGAACUGACAGGAGUCACGUGACCGGCAGCAUCUGCCUGCGUUGGCAGGCAGCGCCAGGCGUCGAUCCACUCGCCCGUGGUCGUUUUUCCUCGAACACCCCUGCAAUUCUUAUGAAAUUCUGGGAAGCCCCUAAUAAAACUUUCCGGUUAAUAAUGAGCGGUGAGCUGUCAGUGGCCAGGGACGGCGUCAGAAUCCGAGCAAGUGGAGAAACCGGGCGGGGAGAAAGUGGCGGUGUCAUUUGGUUAUAAAUAUAUACGAUUUUUUUUUCCCUUUAACUUUUUCGGCUGGUGAAAAAAGGAAAAGUUGUAAAAGAAAUUCUUUUUCCGGUUGUGAUUCUGUCAAAUAAUAAGUUCACGCCUUUUCAGGGGAAGGCGGUGGAAACAGAAACGGAAAGGCACCAACGGGGAUUUUGAUAAAAAGCACCGGUGGGCAGAGCUUGGAAGUUGGUAUCUGGGAGAAGGAAUCUCAUCUAUGGUGUUCUCUUCAAAAAUCUUACCCAGGUUUUGUGUGAGAAUCGGUUCUCGAACCCUGUGAUUUCCUGAUUCUUUUGAUAAAAAAAACUGUACCCGAUGUCGCGGUACAUAAAAUCCCUUCCUUUUGAAGUCGUAAAUUCUUUUCUUCGAGGGUAAAAGUUUUCUAUUUUGCCAGGUGCUGAUUCAUGCGGCUCGGCCGAUUCAUCUAUUCUGGUGAACCGGUUACGAGUGGGGGAAUGAUGAACAUAUUAUUGUUUGUGGGUUUUAGGAAAAUAUUGAAAAUGUAAAAAUCGAAUAUUUUUGGAACGCGUAGAUAUGAUUUGAUUAGAUAUUUAAAGUUUAAGUUAUCUAAAAAAGGAGUGGUGUGAUGGCACCGAGGUUUGACUAC